GAUCGAGAUGGUAUAUUUUGGUCGUUCUCGGGUUCAUUGGGAAGAAGGAAAAUUCUCUCGAUAAAUUGGAGCGCAGCGUGCCUCUAGGAGCGCUCUGGCUCGUCUGCGCCAUUAGAGUUCCGAGCAUGAUCUCCAGAUAUUCGUGUUAUAUUGCUAAAAUAACACCUAACACCGACAAACCGCUUCUCCGGUCCCGCACAUGCUUUAUCCCUCAAUUAUUUAACGUUUCCGCGAUUCGCAAACAAAUUCACUGAUAUGAUUGAUGCGUUGGUAUUCCGAAAUUUUUAACAGUGCAUUCUUUACCAAAGAAUAUAUUUUUCUCCAUUACUUUCGUCUGUUUCACCCCAAGUUACGUAUAUUUACUCUGGACGUGAUGUUCUUUAAAGCAUCAGUAUUUAAACCUCAAAUCAGUACACUAUCUUAUGAUGAUCUUUCUGUUUCUCUGCUUCAAUGUAUCUUGUGUCAGUGAUCUUUUCAUGAUUUGUCACACUUGCAUUUAUUUUGUCCAGUUGAAAUGUCAUUUUGAAAUGAAUAAAUGAUAAAUGUAAAUUAGCAUUUGUAUCAUAUGAUAAAGUAACAGUACAGAUUACAGAAUGGUGGUGGAUUGCUUGUCCAUUCAAGGCUCAGCAGCUAUAGUACGGAAGCAGGAGCGAAGAUUGGGUGGGUCGGUGGGUGCCAAAAUGCAACCUAACAAUGUUGGUAGUUGCGGUGGCAUGACGCCCAAAGAACUCUCUGACAAUGACGACCUAGCAACUUCUCUCGUGCUAGAUCCUUAUUUAGGAUUUACCACCCAUAAAAUGAAUAUUAGAUACAGGCCAUUGAAAGCAAAUAAAGAAGAACUUAAAAAAAUUAUCUGUGAAUUCAUUCAAACACAAAAUUAUGAGAAAACAUAUAAAAAGUUAAUGGGUGGUGACUGGGGUGCACGGCUUCCGCACACAAAAUCCAAACAGCAACAGAUCAAUUUGGAGAAGCAUAUUUACCGGUAUUUAAGAGUUUUCGACAAGGAUUCUGGAUUUGCAAUAGAACCAUGUUAUAGAUAUUCAUUAGAGGGUCAAAAAGGUGCCAAAAUUUGUGCAACCCGAAAAUGGUUGAAACAUGACAAAAUAUCUUGUCUAGUUGGUUGUAUUGCUGAACUCAGUGAAAAGGAGGAAGCAGCAUUACUUCAUCCCGGGAAGAAUGAUUUUUCCGUAAUGUUUAGCUGUCGAAAGAAUUGUGCACAGCUGUGGUUGGGUCCAGCAGCAUACAUUAAUCAUGAUUGUAGGGCUAACUGCAAGUUUGUGGCAACAGGAAGAGAUACAGCUUGCGUUAAGGUACUUCGUGACAUCGAAGUGGGUGAAGAAAUAACGUGUUUCUAUGGAGAAGACUUCUUCGGGGAUGGUAACUGUUAUUGCGAGUGUGAAACCUGUGAAAGAAGAGGAACUGGAGCUUUUGAGAAACAAAAGCCUGGUGAAGAGCUCUCCUCUGGAUAUCGUCUGAGGGAAACAGACAAUCGUAUUAAUCGUACGAAGCAUAGGCAGCAACCAUUAAAUCGCAAUAAGCAACAAGCGGACACAGCGCUGACUGAAAGGAACGCGGUGCUUGUUGGUAAUGCAGCGAUAGCGCCGCAAAGUCUCAGCAUGAAGGAGCUACGGAGGAAGGGUUUGACAAAAUAUGAUGCAGAAUUGUUGAUUGCGCAAGGUUGUCGGUUUUCUGACAUUGCCCAGCAGCAGCCUAGCAUAACUAAUGGAGAGAACGUGCUACAAGCGUCUCGCCCACAUCCAACCGCCAUCACCAAUUCCGUGACGAGGAACUUACGAAAUAAGCAACUUAGUAAAUUUGACAAUAAUAAUGGUCAUCAAAACAAUGUCAAAAAUAAUCAAACCCUUAGGGCCUCCAGGCUACAUAAAAGAACGGAAACCAAGAAGAGUAGAGUCUCGGAAAAAGCUAGAUCUCCUUUGAACGGUUCCAUAGCGAAAAAUAUUGAAAUAGAAGAUAUCAGCCAUCGCAAAGAGGAUUCCGAUAGAGUGGAAGUAACCGACGAAGUUGUAUACUCCAGACUCCAUAAAACACAUUCGGAGAACACCUUGAACGAAGAGAUACACAUUUGCCAUGUUCAGUCCCCGCACCAUGACAUAAUAGAACAAUCGACUUGUUCCGAGAUACAGAAAGAGUGUCCAUCCGCACUUCUGAAAGAUAAUCAAGAAUUGGAUAGCGAAUCGUUAGACGAGAAAGAAACACGCGACGUAGAAAUUAACUCUAAUUCAAUAGGUAAUGUUAAUGCUUCCGAUUCUAGAAAAGAUCAUUAUAGUACAAAUACCUGUGAUUCAGUUCAUGUAAGUUCCAUACCCGAAACUCGUUUAGAUCAUUUAGACGUGGCUAGUAACAAAGAAUUAAUUCCACAAAACAAGUAUCAGUCUAGGACUUGUCAUUAUAGUUUAUCGCCAACUGAAAAUUUCGAGAAUACGAACAGUGUGUCUAUGACAGCAAUAAAGUCGGACAAUUGUAUUCGAAAUCUUCUAGAACUUGAAGAACAACAAGAUUCCAAUGAGAACAAAGUAGAUAAUUACGAACUUACGAAGAAAGAUGAUUUUUGCGAGGUCGUGGAACACAUGUCUCCGAUUCACGUGAAAUCACCUAAAAACGAGAUCAUUGAAAGUGAUAGGAAUAUUUCGGCAUUGUUCGGCUCUCAAAACUCCAUCAGGGAACAUAAAAAGAACGAUUCCAUAAAUUCGGCCACGUUGAUGAAAUGUUUGGUGCAGAACCAAUCCGAGAAAUUCAAUACAUUUAUUUCUGAGCCCAUUAAGUUCUCGAUGAAGGAUGAGCAUAGCGAAACAAAUUUUGUUGAAGACAACUUGAGCAUAGAAAACAACGUAGAAAAAAAUGUCGAAUGUCAUGGUGCAGUCCUGACUCAACAAAACGAUUUAUUACUUAAGAACGAUGUGUAUAUAGUAAACGUUGAUAAUUCGGAGAUGAACAUCGAGAAAUCGAAUAUCGUUGAAACCUGUGCAACGGAUAUGGAUUCUCGGACGCAAUCAUAUAAUGAAAAUAUUUCAGACUUUGGUGUAACAGCGUCUAACAGCUACAGUAACUCUACCACCCAUAAUCUCUUAGAGGAUAGUCAGAAUUUUCUGUUAAAGCAGUCGAUGCAACAGCACGAUAUGUCGAACGCUACGUCGAGAUCGCAUAAGAGUAGGAAAAAGUUGUUCAGCGACAAAAGAUCCGUUUCGUCCGGAUCGAAAGAGGAAUCUGAGAUUUUGGGUGAGCACAAAAUAGGUGACAUGAUCACAUCCGUCUCGAAGAGUCGCAGCAAAGUGAUGAAGACGAAAAAUCGCUUGACAAGAAAUCAAAAAAGGGAUCGACAGAAGAUGGCUAGUGCCGAUAUCGGGGUGGCCGAUGACGACUCGGGUAUUCAAGGUGAUAUUUAUGAAUUUAGCGAAAAGGAGAGCAACCUGGAGGACAUUAGAAUACCCUCGAUAAUGCGACGAACGAAGCAGGAGACCACUCGCCAGGCAUCCGUGCUCACAUCGCAUUUACAGGAGAUGCAAUACAAUGACGAAUGCAAUAAAGCCGAGCCUCCAGUAUUAGUCCCGCAGGAGCCAUGGCCGCCUGCGAGUUGUAAUCAAAAUCAGUUCGCAGAUUCGGAUGGCAGCAGUCAGUCGAGAGAAAAUUCAGUCGACGGCGAAAGUCUGAAAAGAUUAUCAACUUACAACAACGUAAAUGCACAAAAACCGACCAGCUUGACAGAGUGCCAGUGGCAGACGAGUACCACGAAUUGCCAAGUUUGUCCGACCACACCUGAGAGGACCGGCCGAUUAAAGCUGACUCUGCGUAUGAAGCGUUCGCCGGUUUUGGAGGACAUCGUGGAAUCUGGGACGAGCCUCAGCGAGGAUAGUUAUGAGCCUGAAUACGAAGUAUUACGUGUUGAGGGCGUGGAGCGAAGUAGACGUAAGAAGAAGCAUAAAACCCGAGACCGUGAAAGACGGCACAAGAAACGCGAAUUGAAUCUGGACCCACCGCCACCUCCAAUGAAAAGGUUGCGCUUGAUCUUCGGCAACGAGACACAUACCAUUGACUUCCCGCACUCUUAACAGCUAUAAAUAGGAAUUCGUUUUUGGUUCCACUCUGAACAAACUAUAAACACAAAUUUAGGCGUGCGGAAGCAGGCCUCUUUUUUCCGUUGCGUAAUUUCCUAGAGGUUCCACGAAAGUAGAAACGACUCUUAAGAGAAAAACAUGAGUUACUCUAUAAUGAAAAAUUUAGAAGCGUUCUCUCACUUUGCGUUCUUCUUGUAUAUUCGCCGUCUGUAUUUGCCCUCGCCUCUUGUUCUUCUAACAACGAAUGCUUACAAGGCCUAGCGUAGUCCUUUGUUUCACGGAGAUGAAGAAGAAAAUGGUUAAAAAAGGGGUGACGCGUUCGGAUCAAUCUUGCGGGAAAGGAAAAAGUGGGAAAUUUUCAUGCGGUUUUCGUUCACAUCCGUUCAAACUAUAACGAAACUUAGUGUAUCUCGUAUUACCCAUGGCGGUGAUCUUGUUUUUGUAUUAAUUAUUCUGUACAUAUAAUUUUGAUACAAGAGACAGGCUCGACGAUCUACGGUCUUUCACUAUCGUUUUAUCCUUCGACACCGAUACAAGGUUAUUUCGUUGGACUUUCUUUUCUUUUUUUUACGAAUAUUUAUGUAUCGUGCGCUAAAAGUUCACGCGUGUAGGAUAACGAACGAAUUUGAACAUAGACGAUUAUCCCCCAUCUCGCUGUUGAAAGCUCGCAUGGGGGUGUGCACCGGCGGUUUGAGUUGCAUCUGAGCACUGUUUCGGUAGAUAAACAACAAAAAAAAGAGGACAAAGGAGGAAAAUCCAUACUCUUAUACUAUGUAUAAAAAUAGAUAUUAUUAUAAUAAUUGAAAUAAUAAUGAUAAUAAUUAAAUAAUUAA